CGGAAAUCUUGUCAUGGCUUCAGCUCCUGAGCCUUCGCAGCCAGACUCGAACGCUGAGGAGGACCACUUGAUCUUUCAUGAAUACGAGGACGAGAAAGACCGAAGAAUAGACGAAUUACACUACAGUCGUCGAAGAAUAUGGAUCCCAGCUACGACAUCGAGCCUAGUUACUCUUGUUGUGGUUACUGCUCUCCUUAGCAUGCUUCUCUCUGGAUGCGCACUGUACUUUCUGCACCUUCUUGGUCCCCAGCAACCCUCAGGAAUAGCUCUUCCACAACCAGGGGCUCGUUUUGGUUUCUGCGGUGACACACCAUCCUCAGCCCGUCAAGCAAAUUGCACAUUCGACCUCAUGUCAUUCUCAUGGCUCCCACCCGCCUGCGCAGAAACGGAGCUCACGACAGAGUUCUUGAGAUUAAGGAACUGGACAUGGUGGAUAGAUGCAGAAAAGGACAAUCCCGUGCCAUUGCAUGAAGUCUCAAAGGGAGACCACAGAGAACUGUAUGUUACGAGGGAAUAUCACAUGUAUCACUGUACAUAUAUGUGGAGGAAGCUGCAUCGAGGACUGCUCAGAGGUCAAGGAAGUACGGAUGAGAGGGGAGUCGUGGAUACAUAUAUUGGAGCGUAUAGGCACACGGCACAUUGUGAGAUGAUGUUGCUAGGAAUGGAAGGCGAUGAAGGUGGAAUUGAUAAAAUGGCUACCGAUACGAUCAUUGCGAUGAAAUUCCCGCAAUGUAUGUGGACAUGAAGAAUGGCGUUAUUCUCACAAAACUUAUAUCUUAACACGAAAUUGAACUCAAAAGAAGC